GUCAUUGGGAUUAAAGAGAAAGUAGACUGGGGAAGAAAAUUGCAUAACUUUGCUGAGGGCGUAUUGACAGACAAACAUCAGAUCAACAGCUUUCAGCCUUGUGUCAGUUCAAUGAUUGCUUGUUGGUGGUGGCGUGAGGAAUUGCAGAGCAGAGAACUUCCUCGCAAAAAAUCAGAAUAAUCCAGCCAUCAGCUGAUUUCAAGAUAUUAAAGAUAACGAAAUUUUCAGAAGAUUAAGGACACACAACAUUAAGGAGAUUUGAGGCAUGGAGACCAGACUGACUAAGGAAUAGCCCAAUGAGGCCCAAUAUUCAAUGGACUCUAAUCUACAUCUGUUAUAGGAAGUCACCUUGGGUUUCUGACAGAUAUGAUGUCACAAACUCUGGUGGAGACAGUGUCCAUAAAUUAUGAAGAUUUUAACGACAGCUUCCUGACUUGUGGCACAUGUCUUUGUAUCUAUGACGCAGUGGAACAUUCACCCAAACUUCUGCCAUGUUCCCAUACCGUUUGUAAGAAUUGCCUAGAGAGGAUCGUUGAAGCACAAGUCCAUGACACUGGCUAUUUCCGAUGUCCAAUCUGUCGAGAACACAUUGGCAUUCCUCGAGGCGGUGUUGUAGCAUUUCCUCCUAGUUACAUUGUGAAUCAGCUGUUAGAUUUGAUGCAGCAACAGCGUCGUGACGUCAUACCCAAGUGCUCAACACAUUCCAACCAGGAGCUGCUCUUCUGUGAGACCUGUGAUUCCGUAUUUUGUACCCAGUGUAGUGGGGGUCAGCAUAACGGGGCAGGGGCUAGUCAACACACUGUGAUUCCAUUCUCCAUUGCCAUUAAAAGGAUGUCGGAAAUACUGCUGUAUAAGGCGCAUCUGUGUAUCAAAAAUCUUAACCAUGCAUAUGACAAUGUUUCUGCUGAAAUGCAACUUUUAGAAAACUCUGUAGAAAAAACUGUAGAAUCUAUAAACAGAUCAUUCCAAGAUAUUAUAGCCAUGGUGGACAAACGAAGGCAUGACUGCCUACAGUGGGUGCGCAAAAUACGAGAAGACAAGCGCAAGAUUUUGCGUGAACAGCUGGAUUUGAUCCAGGCUGAAAAAGACAGGGUACAGAGUGAUUGUGAUGGACUUCAGUUCCAAGUAGAGGUCCGAAACAUUACAAAGAAAAUUGGGGAUCUCAAUGAGAAGCUUGAUGCAACAAAUACUUUAUCAGAACCACGAGAAAAUUCUUUCAUGAAAUAUGAGUUCAAGCACAAUAGUUCAAUGAGGGAAAUUAGCAAGGCUUUGAAUGAGUUUGGUAAAAUUAACACUAGCACAACCUUCCCUGCUUUAUGUUCAGCAAAAACAGGAGAGGCUAUUACUCACCUCAAGUCCUCCAUGAUUAUCAACACAGUGGAUUACCAUGGUAACCCCAGAACAAGUGGUUCUGACCCAGUUUGUACAGAAGUGCGUACAGAAAAGGGAGAACUUGUGGAAUCAAAAGUUCGGGAUAGAGAUGAUGGUUCAUAUGAAGUGCAGUAUGUUCCACCAAGGCCAGGAAAGGUGAAAAUUUUUGUCAGUAUUUUUAACCGACCAAUCAAAGGAAGUCCAUAUGCGGUUGAUGUAUCGGAUCACAUAAAUCCAGUAUGGAAGUUAGGAUCUCGGGGAAAGGGUGAGGAGAAUUUUGUUCAGCCGGUGAGAGUAGUGAUGGACAGUGAAGAGACUCUGUUUGUUUCUGAUACGGGUAACAGUAGAAUCAAAGUCAUUAGCAGUUCUGGUGAGGUCAUCAGACAUAUUGGCCCUGUGGGCCUCGAGAAUCAGGGAGGAACUGGUCUGGCCUUGACCCCAGAAGGCAAUAUAGCAGUUGUCAACUGGAGGACCAGGACUGUCUCCAUAGUGACCAAAGAGGGCGAGCUAGUCAACAAAUUCACUUGCUCCGAUUUUCAGGAGCCAACUGAAAUUGCCGUCAACAGUAGAGGGGAAAUCAUAGUAGCAGAUCAUGGUGCCAACAAAAUGUUCAUGUUUGAUGCCAAUGGUAAGCCCCUUACUACGUUUGGAGGGAAAGGAGAAAAAGAUGGACAAUUUAAGCUUAUUUGUGCCAUAGCUGUAGGCAAAUGUGAUGAAAUACUAGUCGCUGACCACAGAAUACAAAUUUUUAGCAGAGAUGGCAAAUUUUCUCGCUCAAUUCCAGACCAAAAGAAAGGGCAAUACAGUGGCCUAGUGGUGGAUGCUGGCGGUCACAUUUUGGCCACAAAAAUUGAAAAGGGAAAGAGUUUUGUGCAAGUCAUGAACUCGAGUGGAAAGGUGAUGUUCUGUAUAGACAGCAACAGUGAUCGAUUGAAGCGCCCAAGUGGCCUGGCAACGUCACCAGAUCACCAUGUGUAUGUCGUUGAUCUUGGCAAUGACUGUCUAAAGAAAUAUCGUUACAGAUAGACAACCUCUUCUACAAGAUGACAAAAAUACUAGCCCUAAAUAUACUGUGGAACAGUUCAUGUGACCAAGCAAUCAGCAUCAUGUGAUUUAAUAGUGAAAUCCAUUCCUACAUCAGGAAGCAACCAAAAACCAACCUAGAGGAGAAAACCAGUGCAAUGAUGUUAUAUUUCUCAGAUACUCAAGACACCGUGUGCAAGGCUGAAAGUGAUAGUUCAUGUGAUACAUAGACUUCUAUGAAACACAGUCUUACAUGGUUCAUCCCAAUAUGCACAUACUUUUAUUUUGAUAUAUGGAUAUGAUAUGACAACAUAUGAAAUGUUGCAGAUAGCAUGCCCUAUAAAUUUUUGAGCUGUAUUAUUGGCCAAUAAGCAAUUACAGUAAUUACUGAAAAUGAAGAAUCGUAAAAUUACAAGGUAUCCUGAACUCGGACUACUUCGUACAAUGUUAAUGUUCACAUUUUGUGUACUUGAAAGCGUUAUUGACAAUCAGCCAUGUAUUAUGCAUUGACCUGAAAGUUAGAUGUAGGACUGUUCUGUCAGCCGUCACCUGUCAUCAUCCUUUCCAUCAAGCUUAUUCUGAGUACCUACAAACUUCUAAUGUCACCACCUCCUAUUCUGUAGAGUGUGUAUAUAUACAUGCAUUGUUGUUUGAGGAGUGAGACUGUUUUUUAAAACCUUGAGCUCUGUUUAAGAUAUGUAGAUUUUUCUCAUCUUUUCAAAUUGAUGUGAUGUUUACAUAUUUUUUUUAGGUGAAUUUUUUUUUGGCAUGACUGUUUUAAUACUAUGGGGUAAAAGCUGCUUGCUGAGGUGUUAAAUCUCACACUGCUGUCAAUGUAAGAAUCUCAAAAAUCAACUUUGUCCAUUUUACCUCUUAAGAAUGAGAGAUGUGGAAUGUCUGUGUUAAACUGAUUUUGAUAUUUCCUUCAUUUGUGGACUGUGUUAACCUGGUUAAUUUGAAGGGGGUAACUUUGGAAUGUAUGAAUCAGGUCAAUAUGUGCCAACUUAUGAGCUCCUUAAGUAUACAUGCACAGUUGUAUUUUGGUUUCUUUUGUAUAUCUGGGAAAAAAUGUUUAAUUAGCAUUUCUAUUCAUUGGAUAAUUUUAGGCUAUGGAAAAAAAUAUUGUGAUAAGAGAUAUCUUAGAGUUAAAUUAAUUUCUCAUGAUAUUCAUGAAAGUCAAAUGAUAAUAUAGUCGUCAAGAAAGAUAACUCUGUCAGAGUUUUAAAUUUGGUAGUUGUAGAAAACAACAGACUUUAGAAAUUAUUUAUUAUUGUUAAUAUAAUAGCAAUGUUAUGACAAUUUAUACCACACACAAUGGCCAUUGAGUACCAUGACAGCAGAUGACCAUGUAGAUUUAGAUGAUACACAAAUGUUCCUCCGUCUAGAGCUAAAAGGGGAAAAAAACUUCUUUGCAUGUUGUUUUUAGUAUUUUGUAAUUUUUUUUUGAAAUUGUAUUUUUCAAUUGUUAAACUUUUACCAAUGAAAGCAAAUUAUUUUCUUUGAUAAAACAGCUUUUUUUUUUUUUAUACAAUCAUUUGCUGUAGAAUUUCUUAGCUGUUAGGAUUUUGAAAUAAUUUUACAAAAAAAUAUUUAUAUGAUGUUCUUUAGAUUUAAAUUUUAUUUUUUAGAUUACUGUGCUUUAGAAAAGUUUAGUUAGAAUCCAUAUUCACAUACCAUGAGUUUAUAAUGCUUGUAUUUGGAUUUUGUAUGAAGAGUGGAGUGGGUAUCCUAUAUAAAAGAUUUUGUUGUGUGAGUUUAGAACAACAAAGCUCAAAGUAUUAUUGUUUUUGAAACAUUGCUUCUGCUCUCAUAUUUCCUGUAGGAUAUAAACGGCCAUUAAAAAGUUAUACAAGCAUUUCCUUAUUUACACAUGAAAAUAAAAUAUGAAAGUGAU